GGGUCCGCGGCAAGCCAAGAAGCACGCAUGUAUGCACAUGUCAGACGUCAUAACACAACCGGAGCCGGUGUCUGAACAAUACCCACCAAGGUGCUGCCAUCAACUCAACAUGUCCUUCGAGCAAAACAGGCUUGGCAUUGGAUGUUGUUCUCAAGAAGCCAUCAUCGAUGAACUGAAUUACGAUGUCUCAGCCAGCUAUAUCUGAGCCAGUAUCAACUUCACUAAUCGACAAAGUCCUGUCCCAAGCGCAAGCUACAGCAUCGCACAGCUGGGAGUUUGGCGUUGUCUUCGAAGCCCUGCUAGAAUACCACAACCCUUCACUCACCGUCUUCCACACUCCCGUAUCACAACAUAAAAAGCACUUAUCUGAUUCCAAUGGAGACGUCAAAGUGCUGAAGUACAUCAAACCAUUCAUUCGAACAGAUAGCACCACACUCUGCAAGGGCAACGGCUCAUCAGCCGACCCAGCCUCCCUCGGCAUCCCUGCGCUCUUCCUCAGCCUCAGCGAUCCCAAUUCCACCUAUCUCCCAGCCGCACAACGCCAAAUCAAUCACCUCCUAACUAGCGUCCCCCGCCUGCCCAACGGCGCUAUCUCUCACCGCGAAGCCAUCGCAUCAGCAUGGGCAGAUUUCAUCUACAUGGUGCCGCCCUUCCUUGCUUACUAUGGCAUGUACACAGACGACGAGGGGAUGGUGCGAGAAGCCGUGCGACAGUGUCGUUUGUAUCACAAGAUGUUGCGCACGGAGAAGGGGUUGUGGAAGCAUAUCGUGAACGUUGGUGACAGUGCACCUGGAGAGCGUGAAGAAGACGACAAGGGGUUGUGGAAUACGUCGAAUGGGUGGGCUGCUGCGGGGAUGGCGAGAGUGCUCGCUACGGUGCGUGGCUCGAGGUUUGUGGGGCAGAUGCACGAGGAGCAGAGCUUCUUGGUGAAGCUGGUUGAAGAUAUUAUUUGUGGUGCGAUGGAUCACGACACGGAUAACUCGGGACUUCUGCGCAACUAUGUGGAUGACGAGACGUGGUGGGGCGAAGUAGCUGGUACGGCGCUGCUGACUGCUACUGUGUUCAGGAUGGCUGUACUAGAGCCUGGUAUCUUCGGAACCAAGUACACAAAUUGGGCUUUGUUGAGGAUGGACACAGUAGGUCGAUGCAUUGAUGUGGAGACCGGUAUCGCUGCGCCCGUCGUCAAUCCUCUCAGGGAAAGCCAAAGAACACCGUUGAGCGGUUCAAACCCUGAGGGUCAGGCGUUCGUGGUGCUGAUGUACGCUGCGUGGCGAGAUUGGAAGGCGCGGACUGCUGUGAUAUGAACAGACUAUACAUGACG